ACCAAUCAUAUGUCAUUAUCGUGCAUGACGUCACUGCUAUAUGGAGGUAUAUAUAGGGCAGGAAUCCUCUUCGUUCACCACAACCACUUCAACUACCAGAGCAUCCGGUCCCCACCUUCACCUUAAUUAACACAUUCCUAGUCAUGAACUGUCAUCGUGGUAGGUUGCUGGUGCUAGUGGUGCUCAUGGUGGUGGUAGCAGUGUCACCACUCCACGCUGUACCAAAACGUGUGGCCAAUAGGAUGAUCCCCAGCUGGUGGUCAACAGUGAAGAACGUGUGCUGGUCAGUGUCGGACUGUGAACCUAGUGAGUGUUGUACUAGGCCUAUGUUGUCCUCCAAGGCCUACUGUAUGCCCCUCAGGAGCCGAGGUCAAGCGUGUGAUGCCUCCCCUCUCAUGCUGAACUUCGCCAAGCAGGUAUACUUCAGCGACUGCCCCUGUCAGUAUGACCUCACCUGCGCCUCCCUCAGUAACAAGCACAAGUCUCAGUGUGUCGACCUGCGCACCCUCGAGGUUGACUACCGCCGUCUGGCCGCCAUGAAUCUGCCACUCCCAAGCGAGAAUCAUUAACAAGCUCCACCUCCAACCUCGAGAAGCUAAGAUGACGAACAACCCGCAAGUGUCCAGGACCAGCUCAAGGAAGAACCGCUAACCUCACCCUCCAAACAGCUGUUGACCUUCACCUCUGGCAACAACGACAAGGUUGACCUCUACCUCCUUUACUCCUCAAACACUCAAGGACCAGAACAACUUAACCUCAUCCUACAACUUUAAACAAUUUUAGUCUCACCAUCUCUAGGCACGUCGAGGACUUCUCAACCCGCCAAAGGACUAUUGACCACCACCUCUGGACGUACAUUUUGUUUUGAGACCCACCUAUGACCAUACAAGGACCACUUCUAUCAUCUUAAGAAUCACAUCUAAUCAUUUCGAGGACCACAUUAAAGCCCACUUUGAGGAGGACAUCGGUUAGAAAUCCCAGAAAAUACUGUCGCCAGCUGGAGUACGAGCACCGCCAUCUUGAGGUCGACUUCGCUACCUUCAAGCAGGGGGUCAGGUGGCUGUUUCUUCAUUGUGAAUAAAUGAUGGUUGAAGGAAA